AUGGCUGCAUCAGUUAUAACGCAGGUCUCACAGACCGCUGGACCCCAGGUCAACCUUGCAGAUGGGCCAGAUGAAAACCUGACCCUUGACCUUCGAGGAAUCCAAUUCGUCAUAUCCAGGGAUGAAUUAUUAACCUUGCCAGAAUUCGUCCUCUUGUCUUUGUUCCCUAACGGGCUAUUCCCGGAUGGGCAAUUCCGUGAGGACGAUGUCUACUCUGUAGACUUCGACCCUGCUUGCCUCCAAUACAUGCUAGAGUUCUUUCGGAAAGUUGGCUCCACCAUACCACAACCCCAUGAAGAUGAUGACGCAGAUCACGAAGUUUCACCACCCAACAGUCCUUCGAAUCUCCUUCAAGACCGCGCUGGCAUAAUAGUGUUACGUGAGGAUCUUGACUUCUAUGUGAUACCACCAAAAGCAGAGAUCUCCCAGUCGCAGAUGUUAGAGGUGAAAAGGGAAUGCGCCAAAGUAUUGUUGUCAUACGAUGGUAUCUUUUCAGGGCUCAGAAGAACAGAUGAAUCUGGAACUACAGAGCAACAUUUGAUUGAAAUGCUGACUGCAGGUGGCUUCAAUGCCGAUGACCGAUGGGGACACCGCGCAAGGGAGCCAAAUAAGGCGGUUAUUUGCUCUCUAGCUCUAGCAAGGUUACGAACAGAUAUUCGGGGUGAGGGCGCCAACUCUAAUACCGUUGGCAUGGCCCAAAAGCUCCUCUUGUUCUGGCGAAAACCUGCUAGGCGAUGCUGGUGGGAAGGAAUGGAAAUUCCUGACGUUCCUGGCGUUGAAGGAAAGCUUAAGGUUUGGAUUAGACGUGUGUGGACUCUUGAGAUGAGUGUCAUCGGCCUACGCUAG